UAUAGAAGAUCACUACACAAAUUUAAAGUGCUAUCAUAGAAUAAAAAUAAAUUACUGCCAAUUGAAUAAUAACCAUACUAAAACGUCUUGGUAGUAUUUGACAAGUGCAACAACAAGAAGGUUAUACUCCAACCAAAUAGGAACAUUUUCCAAUGGCUCCAAUUGAGUCCAAAAAUUUACCCGAGAGGGACAAAUGGGCAAACAAAACAGAAUUUUUUUUAUCCUGCUUAGGAUAUGCCAUCGGAAUUGGGAACGUUUGGAGGUUCCCUUACUUGUGUUACAGAAGUGGAGGAGGUGCCUUCCUAAUACCGUACUUCCUGAUGCUGUUUACUUGUGGUAUCCCCCUGUUUUUUAUGGAAACUUCUUUGGGGCAGUUUGCUAGCACAGGACUAUUAACGUUGUUCAAAAUAUCACCGAUAUUUAAAGGAACUGGCUAUGCUAUUAUAAUAGUAAACUUCAUAGUGUCAACCUACUUCACCACAAUAUACGCAUACCCAAUAAAUUACCUCCUUUUUUGCUUCCAAUCGCCACUACCGUGGUCGGACUGUAACCACCCUUGGAACACCGAGAAGUGCGUCGAAAUUGGUUUGAAUAAAAUCGUGAACCAGACGGCACUCAAGCUGAACGUCCACUCUGGAAACCUGGUGACUCCAGCCGAUGAAUUCUUCCACAAGAAAAUCUUGGACAUUUCGUCCGGAAUCGACGAAGUUGGCUCAGUGGUUUGGACCUUGUUCUUCUGCAAUUUGUUUGCCUGGAUCGUAACAUACUUGUGUCUGAUUAAAGGGGUGAAAACAGUGGGAAAGCUCGUGUAUUUUACUGCUACUUUUCCUUUUGUGAUACUAAUUAUUCUCUUUGUACGGGGCGUAACCCUACCUGGGGCAUGGGAAGGCAUCAAGUUCUACAUCUACCCACAAUGGGAUCAGCUUACUAAUUUAAAGGUGUGGGCUGAUGCAGCUCUUCAGAUAUUCUUCUCGUUGGGACCAGGAUGGGGUGGCUUAGUCAGCAUGGCCAGUUUCAAUGACUUCAACAACAACAACAAACGUGAUUCCAUUUUGGUGCCAAUAAUAAACUGUGGCACCAGUGUUUUCGCAGGAUUCGUCGUAUUUUCAGUCAUAGGUUUCAUGUCUCAUGAAACUGGCAUUCCUGUUGCAACGGUGGCAACUGAGGGGCCAGGAUUAGCUUUUGUGACUUACGCUGAGGCACUGUCGCUGAUGCCUUUGCCUCAUAUUUGGUCGGUUUUAUUUUUCCUCAUGCUGUUCUUCCUUGGUUUGGAUAGUCAGUUUGUCCAAAUUGAGGCUGUAAUAGCCAGCAUCAUAGAUGAGUACCCAGUUUUGAGGAGGCACAAAAUGACUGUGACGUUUGGAGUUUGCCUAUCCAUGACCAUAUUCUCCACUCUAUACGUAACAAACGCAGGAAUGUAUUGGCUGCAAUUAUUCGAUUGGUAUUCGGCAUCGAUUUCAGUAAUAACAAUUUGUCUAAUAGAAAUCAUCAUAGUUGGAUGGAUUUACGGGAUAAAUAACUUCGUUAAGGACGUUGAGUUUAUGAUACAGGAGAAGGUACAUCGAUUUUGGGUGCUUUCCUGGAGAUACACGAAUCCUUUAAUAUUAUCAUUCCUGUUGGCCACCGCAAUUUUAUAUAGUGGUCGAAUCAGUUACAAUGGGGUAUCAUAUCCAUCUUGGGCAAUAUCUUUCGGAUGGUUGAGCUGUGCAAGCUCCAUUGUGUGCAUCCCACUAUAUGCGUUUUAUAGGCUUCUAUAUUAUGAGGAAGGGGAUAUUAUAGAGAGAAUUAAAUCCUCUUUAAAAUGUGCCAAAGAAUGGGGUCCUGCCAAAACUGAAGACUUGAAAAACUGGAUGUUACACGUUCAAUUGAAAAGGCUAAAAAGCACAGAACAGGAUAUAUUACACGAUCAAUUUGUACAACUCUCUGUUUAGUAUUAAUAAGUUUUUUGAUCAAUAAAUCUAUGUUUAGUCAAA